AAAAAUCGAUACUAAAGAAAGCUCAAAGAAAUCGAAAAAUGGCGUUGCAGUGGAUGAUUCUAACCUACGUGGUCGCAGCAGAGGCCGCGCUGGCUCUUCUCUUGACCUUUCCCUAUCCCAAGCUAUUGAAGAACCGUUUGGUCUCUCUCAUCUCUCUGAUUCUUCAGCCUUCCCUCUUUAUUGUCCCCUUUGCCGGAUUCCAGCUCUUAGAUAUCUACUGGAAGAACGAGCAUCGCUUGAGUUGUACCUCUGAGAUUUGCACUGCUUCCGAGAGAGAUCGUUAUGAGAAAUCUGUGUACAAAGCCCAAAGGAAUGUGAUUCUGUGUAUAACUGCAUGCUUCCUGUACUGGUGUAUCUACAGGAUUUGCAAGUAUCACAAGGAAAUAGAGCGUUUGGAGGAAGUAGAGAAGAGAUACAAGAAUGAAUGAAGUUUAAAAACGCAUGUACUUGGAGACUAUGUUCUGUUAUAAGCCUAUAUAUUUGAUAUUGUUUGUGUUUUGAAUACGCUUGUAUGGAAGCUAGAACCCUAUUUGGCGCUCUUUUGUUUGCUCA